GUGAAGGGAGACGGUGCCAUAUUUAGAGCACUCGACAGGAAGCUGUCCACUUGGUUUUCCUUUCACCUUUCUGGGCAUCGUCUCACUGUGGAAUGUAGAUUCAUGCGAGGAACAGACUGUUUGAAACAGCUGUCGUUUCCAACUCGAGUUAUCCGCCAUUUCAGAGGACGGAAAAUGGUUUACACUUGGGCUGCACUGAUCGUCUCUUUCGCCGCGGUUGUUUUGUACUGCCAACUUCCACUCAUUGUUUUUCCAGCCCUUUUAUUCGUAGCGUUUUUGGCGUCUGGUGGAAAGAAUUUUCCUAAAGUGUUCUUUCGAACAAUUGUGCGCGAUCUGAUAGGUUUCCGUCGUUUUAUCCAAGUCAUUCUGACCACUCAUCUGCAUGUUAGGAACAAUCGAACUGUGGCAGACAUAUUUCAUCAAACUGCAUCUAAGCAUCCCCAAAAAGCUGCCUUUGUGUUUGAACAGAAAACAUGGACAUUUCAAGAAGUAGAAGAAUACUCCAACAGGAUUGCACAUUAUUUCAAGUCACAAGGAUACAAGAAAGGAGAAGUAGUGGCUCUCUUCCUAGAAUCUUGUCCUGAGUUUGUUUGCAUAUGGCUUGGAUUAUCCAAACUUGGUGUCAUUACAGCCCUAAUCAACACUAAUCUGCGACUUGAUUCACUUUUUCAUUGUAUAUCUGUGGCUUCUGUAAAAGCAAUCAUAUUUGGGUCAGAUCUUUCAGGUGCUGUAAAAGAAAUCCAGAUCAGAGUUCCAGAAAUAGUACAGCUAUACUGUCUAGGCAAUACUUCAAAUGUUGUGCAUUCUGCUGUUAAUUUGGACAAGAAGCUAGAGGAGAGUUCAUCUGGAUUGCCUGAAACCAAUCAUUCUAAAUCUAUGGCUGAUGUAUUACUGUACAUUUACACAUCAGGGACUACUGGAUUGCCCAAAGCUGCUGUAAUAUCAAAUGCCAGGUACUUUAAGAUGUCUUAUGGGGUACACUGUGCACUAAACAUCCGCCAUGAUGACAUAGUUUACUCUUCAUUGCCACUCUAUCACUCUGCUGCUGGAAUUGUUGGCGUUGGGCAGUGCUUCAUUGGUGGCUGUACAUUAGCGCUGAGAAGUAAGUUCUCUGCCAGUACAUUUUGGGAUGACUGCGUGAAGACAAAGGCCACGGUGGUUCAGUACAUUGGUGAGAUAUGCCGAUAUCUUUUGGCACAGCCUCAUCGUCCCUCAGAAACUCAGCACUCGGUACGCCUGGCCACAGGCAAUGGACUCCGCCCUCAGAUAUGGGAGGAGUUCCAGACACGCUUUGGCAUCAAGGAGAUUGGAGAAUUUUAUGGUUCAACAGAGGGAACAGCCUCUAUAAUCAACAUAGACAGUACCCGUGGUGCUUGUGGCUUUGUGUCUGAGAUUUUUCCCGCUGCCUACCCCGUGGUUAUUUUCAAAGUUGAUCCUGAAACUGGUGAGCUAGUGCGAGGAUCAGAUGGGCUAGCAAAGAGAACCAAGCCUGGGGAAGUUGGGCAGAUUGUUGGAAAAAGUCUGAAAGGUGAUCCUUCCCAGCGUUUUGACGGAUACCUGAACCCACUGGAAACCAAGAAGAAAAUUGCCCACGACGUUUUUAAGAAAGGUGACUCGGCAUUCCUCUCUGGAGACUUGGUUGUCAAAGAUGAGUAUGGCUACAUUUAUUUUCACGAUCGUACCGGCGACACGUUCCGAUGGCGAGGCGAAAACGUGUCGACGGCCGAAGUGGAGUCGGUCAUGAGCAAAGUGUUAGGCCUUCGCGAUGUGGUUGUUUAUGGCGUGAUGGUUCCGGGCACUGAAGGACGUGCUGGCAUGGCGGCCAUUGUUGAUCCGGAUUACAAAGUGGACCUGGUGACGUUAGCUGGUAGUUUGAAGAAGCUCUUGCCGAGUUAUGCUUGUCCCAUGUUUCUGAGGAUCGUACACAGAGUCGACUUGACGGGUACAUUCAAACUUCAAAAGAGCAAGCUAAGAAACGAAGGUUUUGAUAUAGGCGUCAUAGAGGAUCAACUGUUUUACUUUGAUGGUAAAGAGAAAAUGUACUUGGUCCUUGAUGAGAGCAAGUAUGAGCAAAUCAUCCGUGGAGAAAUCAGAAUGUAGUUAUAAAUAUAUUUUAGUAUGUAGUGAAAGGUUUUGCACCGAUCGUGCGUACAAUUAACAAAAUUGGUUACAGUUCUUAUCGAGUUCCAACCAGUAUCUCUGAUAACCAUGCAAUCAAAACUCGAAUUAAGCCAAAAAUGUACGAAAAUCGUGACUGCAAAAAAUAGGCGUGUGGCCACUUUUUGUUUCAAGUGUUCUAAUAGGCCUUCUUUACCAUUGUCACGCGUUUCGAUCUUUUCAUUCAAACAAAAAAUAAACCUAGAAGCUCAAUUAUCAUGCUAUAUUUAGAAAAGUUUCAUAAGAAUCCAUCGCAAACUCAUAAAAGUAUAGGACCCCGGACUUUCCUAUUGUGACAAAGAAAAGUGUGUCAAGUGGGGCACGGGGGUGUUCCCCCCCCCUCCCUCAAGUCGGCAAGUUGGCUUCCCAUAUUUCACGACUUUGCAGUGGAUUCUUAUGAAACGACGCAUAUUAACUUAAUUCGGCAUGAUAAAUUAACAUAUGUAGGUGUUUUUGUUUAUAUGAAAAAUACGGAAAAUUGUCGAUAUUGCGUGACAUAAGUAAUCUAUAUAUUAUCGCUUUUUCUGGAGCAAUCCUUUACAUUAGAUUCUCUUUUCUUACUAUUGUUUUAAUUGUAUCGGAAAAAGACGUAAUAAGUUAAGGAAAAAAUCAAAUACGACAUGUACGAUUAGUGUAUCUUUUUCUAGGAUGGCUCUCAUUGAGUUUCCGCUGACAAUCAAGAUAUACAGACCCUUGAAAAUUGAAUCCCUCCGCAGAUUUUAGUUUUAUGCAUCAGAGACCAGAAGACCAUCACUUGUCAGAAACCACAUUUGUCACUGAAAAACUUAAAUCUAAUUUGCUGAAACGCUAUUAAAAUGGUUUUAACUUUU